AUGAAGGAUGCUGCCCCGGAUAACCCUGAUUAUACUUACCCUUCAUUCCCGAAUGGCAGCAAAAAUUAUGACAGUACUUCAGAAGAUAUUUCAUCUCAUAGCCCCUCUGAUAAUGGAAGCAAUGAGAGUCUUGGGAAUUUUAUAGAAGUGAUUUCUUAUGCUGAAUUGGUCACCUGCAUUUUCGGAGCCGUGGGGAACGGGAUUGUCAUCUGGCUUCUCGGCUUCCGCAUUAAGAGGAAUCCUUUCAGCACCUACGUCCUGAACUUGGCUGUGGCUGAUUUUGGGGUCCUCCUAUCAGUUAUAGUUAAUACUGUUUCCCCCUGGUUAAUAUUUAUUGCUAGUUUCGAUAACAUUUUAAUGGUGUCCUUUAACCUGAUCCUGUUAAUGUACAGCACUAGUCAAUUUCUCCUGACGGCUAUCAGCAUUGACAGGUGCGUGGCCGUCUACUUCCCACUUUGGCACCGAUGCCACCGGCCCCCACAUUUGUCCACCAUUGUAUGCGCACUCGUAUGGGUCCUCUCCGUCCUGCUUACUGCAAUUACCGGCACUCUACAAAGCCUAAAUCUAUAUGUAAUAGGAAUUGAAGGAUAUUACCAGUUUAUGGUGAAUGCCGCGCUUUGCCUCCCAGUCAUAACUAUUGCCACCGUGUCCCUGUUCGUCAAAGUCUGUUUGAAAGCUCGACAGCAUCGGAGGGGAAGGCUUUUGACCAUCGUCUUGCUGACUCUUCUCUUCUUCCUCCUCUUUGCUUUUCCACUGAAUGUCAUGAAGAUCCUCUCUGAUCUCGGUUAUGUUCAAGUAUACAUGCCAUAUGGUGCACUUCUUGCAAGCUUGUAUUUCCUGACAGCCAUCAGCCUGGAGAGAUGUCUCUCUGUCCUCUUUCCAAUCUGGUAUCGAUGCCAUCGACCAAGGAGGUCUUCUAUUGUGGUCUCCUUCCUCCUCUGGAUCAUCCCUGGCUUACUUUCUGGAAUGUUGUUGGCGUUUGAUUAUUAUUUCCUCGAUGAAAAGUAUCUUAAGGUGCUGAAUGCUAUUUUCACUGUCAACCUCCUGGUUUUUACUCCCAUUAUGGUUGCUUCCACUCUGAUAAUGUCCAUCAAGAUCUUCUGUAGCUCCCAGAAACGUCAGCCACCCAGGCUUUACAUCACCAUUUUAGUCACACUCCUGUUCUUUAUCAUCUUUGCUGUUCCAUUAAGUGUGAUGCAUUUUAUCGGUCUCAACAGUGACCAUCUUUCUUACAUUCAAUAUGACACUUCUUUCCUCUUUACCUCAUUCAACAGCAGCAUCAACCCCAUCAUAUACUAUUUUGUUGGGAGAGACAGGAAAAGAAACAGGGGAUCCUUGAAGGUUGUGCUGAAAAGAGCAUUCAGGGAUGAAGCAAUGUGUCAAGGCGGGACUUAG